AUGAUCCUGUCUAACGCCACGGCUGUGACACCCUUGCUGACCAAGCUGUGGCAGGGGACAGUUCAACCGGGCAACAAUACAUCCAACCUGGCCCGCAGGUCCGUGGGCCAUGAUGACGGCAAGCUGGCGGCACUCUAUAUCCUCAUGGUGCUUGGCUUUUUCGGCUUCUUCACCCUGGGCAUCAUGCUAAGCUACAUCCGCUCCAAGAAACUGGAGCACUCCCAUGACCCGUACAAUGUGUACAUCGAGUCUGACACCUGGCAGGAGCAGGACAAGGCAUACUUCCAGGCCCGGAUUCUGGAGAGCUGCAGGGCGUGUUAUGUCAUUGAAAACCAGCUGGCUGUAGAACGACCCAGUGCAUACCUUCCGAGAUGA